UCCGCAAAGAAUUAGAGUUUGUCUAUUAUAUAAUUGAUAAGCUUAUUUGACAUGUAACUACAUCAGCUGAUUUACUAUAGAUUUUCAAGAUUACUUAAAUAUCUUAAACUCUAGCUGAAAUAUAUAUUUCUGGGCUGGUCACCCACACGUAAUUAUAAACAUAUAGCUGCAAAACUCUAUUUGGAUGAAGUGCAGCAAAACAUCGCAUACCUGCACACAAGCCUAUUCUUUUUAACUAUAGUGAAUAAAUUUUAUAUAUAUGGUCUGAUGUACUGAAAACUUUCAUUUAAUAUUCCAUAGAAAUAUAGAAAUCAAAAUGGGUGUUAAGAGACCUUUAGGACUUGGAGCUAAAGCUAAAGCUAACGCUAAGAAAUCGAAACCAGCCAGUGAGGGAUCUAAUGGUGUAGAAAGUGAAGAUGUACAAACUCCAGCCAGUAAUGAGCUCACUGUUGAGUUAAACGAAGAAGCCGAUGCUGAAGAUGAGAUUGCUCAAUUGAAGGCUUUAUGGAAGACUUAUUAUGAUUCAGAUAGAGAUAAUGAGUUAGUUUUGAAUGGUAUUGUUCAUGAGUGUGAUCGUUUGUUAAGAAACAAUAACGAAACUAAGGAUGAACCUAGUACCAUUACUUUGAAAGAUGAUUUCCAUUCAAUUUAUGCAUUAGCUCUUGCAGAAUUGAGUAAUUUUCAUGUUGAUGAUGGUAAAAUUGCAGAAUAUUUUGAUGCUAGUUUAGAAAGAAUUGAUCUUGGGUUAGAGAAAUUUCCAAAAUCUGCCCAAUUGCAAAUGUCUAAAGCUAGAAUUUUACUUUCACGAAUUGCCUUAGAGCAAAUUUCCAAAUUGUCUAUAGACUCAAAAGUGGAUACUAAGGAGGGAAAUAUAAUUGUGAAGGAAUUGAAUAAUGCUUUAAAAGCUUAUGAAGCUGGUGAAAAGCUUGCUGAGACAAAUGGACAAUUUGAGUUGUUUAAUGAACAAAAUUUCGAUGUGUUAGAAAGUUUAGAUGAUAUUUUGGAUAUAAUUGACAAUUUCGGAAAAGAUGAUGAUGAUGAGGAAGAAAAUGAUGAUGAUGAGGAAGAUGAUGAUGAUGAUGAAGACCAACAAUCAGUUGAAUUGGCUGAAACCCAUCCAUUAUUUUCUGUUCGUAAUACUGAUGAAUACAACCAAUGGUGGAGAGAUCAUAUCAUCAAGUAUCUUGAAAAUUUGGAUCAACAAAAGGAAGAUGUUAAGAGAGAUAGUCAGCUCCGUCGUGAUAUAUGUAAAAGGGUAGGACAAUCAUAUUUACAGGAGCUGGAAAUUCCUAGCAGCGUAUACACUAGUUUGACUUAUGAUGAUGACUAUGCAGGUAUUGAAGAAUUGGAAGGUUUAAAAGCUCAAGAAGCUCAAACCAUUGCUCGUGAUUUAAUAUCGACUGCUUUAACUUACUUGAAGCAAGCUGAAGAUAAGGAAGAUCCAGAAACUUGGGUAGCAGUAGCCGAAGCCAUGAUAAGUUUAGGAAAUCUUUAUGAUGUUGAUAGUGAUGAACAAGAAGGACAAUAUGUUAAAGCAGAAGAGAUAUUAAAGAGAGCGAAUAAUGUUACAAAUGGGAAAUAUGAAGACGUAUUAGAAAAUUUAUUAUCUGCUUAAGAAAUGCAGGGUAUUAUAUAUGAAAAAACAAAAUGAGUUCUAUAUGGAAAAAUUAUAUGAUUAUAUAUAACUUGUAGAAAGUGAAUGGAAAAUCAUUAGCAUGGCAUCAUGGCUGAGGAUUAAAAUUAAAAACAAA